GCCUAAUCAUAACGGUUGCAUUGAACACUACUGUAUUUGGAUACUUAGCCUGUAAUUCUAGAUCUACUUCUUAUUGAAUGACUAAAGUCAUGUAUUAAUCACCCUUCCAUUCUUUACUAAAAAAGAAGAUGACUGAACAAUUGCACUUAUCACUGCAAGUUAUCACUAUUGCUUUCUGGGCAGAUACUAAUGGAAGGUGCUAAGGCUCGGCAUCGCCAAUCUCUUUUGCCUUCUCUGCUAAUAAUCAAUUUUAGUAGUAAAGUGGAACUCAUAUUCUUUUCUAAUGUACUUAAUUCAAAAAUCAACAUUAAAGAAUUAUGAGGCAACCAAGAACCAAUGCUGACAAUAACAUGUGGGCAAUCAAGAACGAUUGGUUAGCAAUUUGUUUGAUUAAUGUAAGGGUUAGCAGAUGCUAAGUUCUACUGAAUUAAAAAUCAAAAUACGAAAAGGGGAUCUCUAAUUAACUUCUUCCUUUGAAAUUAAUAGAUAAGAUUUGAAUCCUUAUAUUCUUUCACAAAUUCCUCUCUUUUUUAGUACAACGUCAUUUGACCAAAAAAAGAAAAAAAUCUGCUUUUUGGCAUUAAUAAGUGCACAAGCACUGGUGUUCCGAAAUUUGAAGAUAACUUAUACUAAUUCUUUGGAUGCCUUUCUGCUUCUUGCCUACUCAGUAUAAUUUUGUAAUCUUAACUAGUUUCAGCUAGAUUUCACAAAAGAAUUCAUCAGUAACCUGAAUUGAGCUUAAGUCUUGAGUUGCUUUUUCUGUUCCACUCAGAAGAAAUUAAUAACUUUCCUCUGCAUCACGUAUUCCUGGGAAAAAAAAAAAAGAGCAGAAAUUAGUUCCACAGGGGGAGGAGGAUAUAUAUGUCAGCAGAAGGUGCAAAAGACUUUGUAGUGUAGUUUUAUUUCUCGUCAAUGAAAUCAACAAUGUCCAUUCCAGCAGCGUUUUUAACUUUAUUCCUUCCCUUGUUAAAUAAUUCGGCAUCAUUGCUUUUGCACGAUGCUGCGGUAGUCACUCCUUUAUCUUUAUCCGACCAAAAGGACCCACAGUUGAAAGAAGGUCCUGAAUGCUGAUCACCCCACCAUUUGCACAGUCUUCUUAAUAGCUUCCAUGAUUUUGUAUUCUAAUAAUUUCUAAGCAGGUAAGAGGCAGCUUCGUCUUUCAAACUCGCGUUGUUGCCUAUCUUCAAUUUCCAUCAAGUUUCUUCUAAUUGGUUAAUUCUUUCUUUUUCUUUUUGACACGGUUCUUCUUUUUGAUAAAUACUGCAACAUAUAGCAUCAAAGUUCAUUAGCUUAUGAAUCUAUAACCUACUCUUCCUUUCAAGAUACUACAAGUGGACUGUCCUAUAAACCAGAAGCCGCCUUCCCCAACUUUCUUAGGUUAAAAACAAAGACUGAAAAUGGCAGAAACUGUUCUCUCUUUUGUGCUGGCUCAACUCUCAACUUUUCUACUCGAGGAGGGACGACUAUUGGGAGGGCUUCGGCGAGAGGUCCAAUUCAUCAUGGAUGAGUUGGAGCAAAUGAGAGCUUUCCUGCGAGAGGCAGAAGCAAAAGAAGAACAUGCUCAACCCACGCUCCAACAAUGGAUCAAGCAAGUGCGAGAUGCUGCUUAUGACACUGAGGACAUUCUUGAUGAAUUUGUAGCUCGCUUUGCUCGGCAUCGCGCAACAGGAUUCUACGGCUCUGUUCGGAGAAUUUUCAGCUCCAUCAAGAAUUUGAGAGCUCGUCAUCGAGUUUCCAGCGAAAUACAAAGCAUCAAGUCCAGAAUCGAAGAUAUUGCUGUAGCCCAUCAAAGAUACCAAUCCGAAUAUGGUAUCUCUGCCCAAGCGUCCAACUCACUUUCUGCUGUGAACGACACAACCUGGCGCUAUAGCAGAGAUGAUGCGCUGCUUGUGGAAGAAGCUAAAUUAGUUGGCAUUGACCAGCCCAAGAAACAUCUUAUUUCUGAGCUCCUCAAAGGGGAUGAUUACCAACUGAAAGUUGUUUCAGUGGUUGGUAUGGGAGGGCUUGGCAAAACUACCCUAGUGAAAAAAGUCCACGAGGAUCCUGAAGUCAGAAGGCAUUUCCCAGUCCGGGCUUGGGUAACUGUCUCUGAAACAUGUGACUUUCAGUUCCUCCUGAAAGACUUGAUUCGGCAGUUGCACAAGGAAGGGAAGAAACCAGUCCCACAAUCGAUAGAGUCUAUGACUACCACUGAGCUGAAAAAAAUUGUCAAAGAUUUUCUUCAACAAGCCGGAAGGUAUGCAAUUGUUUUUGAUGAUGUAUGGGAUGUGGAAUUUUGGAAUACCAUCAAAUUUGCACUGCCUGAGAGUAGCCGUGGCAACCGUGUCAUACUAACAACUCGAAAAGCUGAUGUAGCCUAUGCCUCUUGCAUUGAAUCUCGGCGUUUUGUCUACAGAAUGGAACCACUAUCUACUGAGGAUUCGCGGACCCUGUUUUGCAGCAAGAUCUUUGACGGAGGUAAUUGCCCUGACCAUUUGAUGAAUGUUGCCGAAGGUAUAUUGGACAAAUGUGAGGGCUUGCCCCUUGCAAUCCUUGCAAUCAGUGGGCUUUUGGCUUCGAAAGAUGUAAACAGAAUAGACGAAUGGGAGAUGGUUCGACGCAGUCUUGGGGGUGAAUUAGAAGGCACGGGCAAGCUAGACAGAAUUAGAAAGAUACUCUCUCUUAGUUAUGGUGAUUUGCCUUGGCAUCUAAAGACAUGUCUGUUGUACACAAGUAUCUACCCAGAGGAUUGCAAAAUAGGAUGCAGUGACCUAAUUAAUUUGUGGAUUGCUGAAAGGUUUGUAGAAUGGAGAGAAGGAAUGAACAUUGAAGAUGUAGCCUGGGGUUAUUUUAGUGAACUUGUCAGCAGAAGCCUAAUUCAAGUGACUGGUGUGUUUUAUGAAGGAUUACCCGACUAUUGUCGAAUCCAUGACCUAUUGCGAGAAAUUAUCAUUUCCAAGUCAAGAGAACAAAACAUGGUCACAGUUACUACUGGACAGCCGACGACGUGGCCGUCCGAGAAGGUACGCCGUCUAGUAGUCCAUAGUAGUAGCAGUAACAACACCCAGCACCACCAACAAAGACGAAGUUGUUGCUUUGACCACCUUCGGUCGUUCAUUACAGUUGGUGGAGACGAAUUUUGUUUCACCAGCAUUUGAAGAGCUGAUGGAUACACAAUAGAGACCACAAAGUUGCAGUUAGACAGAGAUCCAAGGCCAGCAUUCACAUAUCAGUUUUUGAUGCCGUUUUCACAAAGAUAAUGGCUGAUGAUUUGAUUGAGAAUAAAUUAUUCUCAAUUAAAAUAAAAAAGAGAAGUUUCACUAUGAAUUGGUCAGAUUUUGACAAUUCUAAAGUGGAACAUGAUGAUGAAAUCAAGAAUUCAGAUCCUGGAAAAUUCAGAAGAAGAUCAUUGAUAAGUCAGGAGGUUCAAAUGUCGUCAAAGGAUGUUCCACAAAAUGAAGAACCAUGCAGAAUUUCUUACAAAAGCCUCGUCCAAAACAAGAUUCAAAGAUUUGAGAAGACAAUUUAAAAUCUGCAGCAAAAGUGGCAAGGAGGAGUGUUGGGA